CGCUCCGAUCGGCCCGGACGCGCCGAAAGUGGCGUCAAGGGCCCGGAAGUGGCGUCAUCGCUGAGCCGGACGGAAGUGACGUCUCUGGGAGUUCGGCGGGUGGUCCCGCGGGCGCGGAGGGACCGGGCCCCGGCCCGGCCCGGGAUGGACCCGGCGGCCGAGCACCGGCAGCAGCUCCGCAGCCUGCGGGACUUCCUUCUGGUCUACAACCGCAUGACCGAGCUCUGCUUCCGUCACUGCGUCUGCAACCUCAACUACCGGCUGCUCACGGGCCGCGAGGAGUCGUGCCUGGACAGCUGCGCCGCGAGGCUGGUCCGCGCCAACCACCGCCUGAUGGGCGCCUACGUGGGGCUGGUGCCGGCGCUGCUGCAGCGCCGCGCAGCCGAGCACGGGGCUCCAGCGGGGCCACCCGGACUGCCGGCCUCCUCUGAGCCGGCCCCGGGCCCCGCGGGAGACGCUCCCGCUGCCGGCACGUAGCAGCAGCUGGCCGCAGCUCCCCGCGGCCGUCGGACGCGACUGGCAGCAGCCCGGCCCCGUUGCAGCCGCAGCAGCUGCAGCCCUGCUGCGCUGGAGCUCCAGGCUGGAGCAGCAUCUGCACUGGGCCCCGGCAGCCCCGAGCAGCGGCUGGGCUAUGCAGGGCACCAGGGAGGGGGGGCACAGCAACAGGGGCAAGGCGCCCCUGGCCCUCCUGGUUGUGGAUUUCUGGGAAGUGGAUUGUGAGUACCAAUAAAACAUCUUCACUGUAA